UCAGUCUCUUCUGCGCCAUGAAGUGGUUCUCGUUGUGUGUUUUGCUGCUUGCGUUGCUUGGCGUACUUGAAGCGGCACCUGCCGGUCAAAUACGUGUGCGCACCUCGUCGACGACCAAGGUACAUGUGCGAAAUGGGAAUAUUAAAUGGAAUGGCAAUUGCCACAAUUGCGACAUACGCACCAGCAAAAACACCGCUCAAGUGACCAGCACGAGAACGCAACAAUAUACGCGUAAAUUCUAGUAAAAAAUUUGUGCUUAGCUACAUUUACAAUUAAAUAGUAUUAAUAUUUAUUAAUAUGCUCAAAACUUGUCAAAAAAAUAUAUAGUUUUUAAUAUUUAUAUUUUACACAAUUUUGUUAUUGGGAAAUUGUCAUAAAUCAGUUAGAAAAUGC